AUGGCCUCCGGGGGUCUGGUGGCCCCUGAGGGUCUGGGGGCCCACAUUCCCCUGCUGGUGAUCCAAAACACACAGAAAACCACACAGCAGCAGCAGCAGUCUUAUGUGUCUGCUGCAGGGGCUGAUGGGAGGUUUGAGGACCUGUUAGAAACCACGUGGCCCUCGUCUGAUCUCACAGCUCGUCCUUGUUUGGCCUCAGCUGCAUCAGAGCGCCACUUCUCCCCAGCGCUGGUUGCCAUGGCAGCACAGCUGAUUCAGGAGGAUUUAACAUUGACCAGGAGAGCUGGUGGAAAUGUCUCUUUCAGCUGUGGAGGAACUGACCAGUGUUACAAUGAUUAUGUAUACUGGUACCAGAAGAAAGACACAGACACAUUCACAGUGAUUCUGGACAUUGACAAGAAAACUGGUCAAUUAGAUAAAAGUUAUUCCAAUCACCCUCAGAAAGAUGAUUUCUCAUCUGUAGAGACACAGAAAGGCUGGGAGUUGCAGAUCCAGACAGUUAAACGCUCACAUUCAGCCACCUACUACUGUACCUGUGAGAUAGAUGCUUCCCACAGAGGAAGCUACCGCAUCUUUGGCUCUGGCACUAAACUGUUUGUAGAUGAGCAGGUAGUGAAGCCCGUGGUGAGCUUGUACCCAGCAGCAUCCAGAGCCCACCUGGAGGGGAAGAGCUCCCUGCUGUGUCUGGCCUCAGCCAUGUCUCCUCCUCUGGUCCAGUUCUCCUGGAAAAGACAGAAGAAGAACGGCCCGCUGGAGGAUCUGACCUCUGCUGAGUUUGAGCAGCUGGAGCUCAGAGAGCCGGGACGCAGCGCCUCCAUCCUGCUGCUCCAUCAGCAAGAGAACAGCACAUAUAAAUACCACUGCUACGUCAAGCACGAGGGGGGCCCAAUGGAGGCCCAAACAGAGGUUCCAGCUGCAGCAGCCUCCUGUCCUCCAGAGAGAGAGCCAGCAGACCUGCCAGCUCUGCAGCAAGCUGACUUGCUCUUCCAGUCUCAGUGCAGGGUGAAGCUGCUCUGUGUGCUGUACACAGUGCUGAUAGUGAAGAGUCUGGUGUACUGCUGUGGACUCUCUCUGCUGAUGAUCCUCAGAAACAAGGGACCGUCCACCAACUGCACACAUGCUGACUGAC